ACUCACUAACUGCAGCGAAUUUGUUCGGAGCGGUUGGAUUUUGAAACCCUACGCUUCAAUCCAUUCAUGUUUUCUCAAAGAAAAUCGUCACUUUUAAGCCAUGCACCCACAACAGAACCCCUAUCAAAGAAGUGCCACGAUUUUUGCCGCAUUUUGUGCGAUCACUUUUUGUGUAUUCGGAGUUUUAGGUAAUUCGAUAACAAUUUUAGCAUUAAUUCGAUGUCCGAAAUUACGUACACAUGCAACAACAUUUUUUGUGCUUUCGUUAUGCAUCUCUGAUUUGAUAUUUUGCGUUUUCAAUUUACCUCUAAUGGCAAUUCGGUAUAUUUAUGAAGAUUGGAUUCUUGGGGAUACUUUGUGUAAAAUAUUCCCCGUUGUUCUUUAUGGGAACGUCGCUUUAUCUUUGUUAAACAUGGUAGCUAUCACUUUAAACAGGUACACCAUCAUUUCGCAUAGCAAUUAUUAUAACACCAUUUAUUCAAAAACCUCAAUUUGGGCGCAAAUUGUUUUUAUUUGGACUCUUUCAUCAAGUAUUAUGAUAUUACCUUUAUUCGAAGUUUGGGGCAAACUCGGAUUCGAUAAACGAACUUUUUCUUGUACCAUCCUAGACAAUAAUGGGUCACCCAAAAAAAUGUUUUUCUUGGUGGGAAUCGUUAUUCCUUGUAUAAUAAUUGUGAUCUCAUACACGUGCAUUUAUUUAAAAGUACGCGCAUCAAAGAAAACUUUAGAAGCACAUCAGCAAAAUCACCCAUUAGAUCGUCAAACCCGAAGACAAAGGGACGAUAAUCGCUUGACAAAGUUAAUGUUACUCAUUUUUAUUUGUUUCAUCUUGUGUUUUUUGCCAUUGAUGUGCGUAAAUGUAUUCGACGACGAUGUAAAGUACCCUUUCUUUCAUAUUUUGGCUUCUAUACUAGUUUGGGCCUCGAGCGUUAUUAACCCGUUCGUUUAUGCCGCCACGAAUAAACAAUAUCGCUUAGCUUACGCUAAAUUAUUAAAAAUAACUAAAAGUGGAGUUAAUUCGGACACAAAACAGUGUUCUACUUCCACGAAAAAUAAACAAAAUGACCAAAAAUAUGUAUUAAAAAAAAGUAAAGUUUAAAAUUGUGUUAAGAAUAAGAAUUUAUUUUGUAAUUAUUUAUUUUUAUAGAAAUAUACACGUAUU